CCCUCAUAUUUGCAUUCUCUUUCUUCCUCGCUCUUGCUUGCUCUGACUCUUAAAUCAAAGAGCUUCCUUUUCUUCUCUCUCUCUCUCUCUCUCUCUCAUCUCUCUCUCUCUCUCCACUUAUGCAUUCAAGGAUUCAAGGACUACCCAUAAGUUGAGGUUCAAGGUUUAUUGGUCUCACAUCCUUUUCAAGUUCGGCAUUGGAGAUAACUGUAUCAAUAGGGACUGUUAACUAUUUAGUUUUUAUGCAUUUUUGUAUGACAUGGGUUCUCGAGGAAGAUUACUAUUUGAUCUUAAUGAACCCCCUGUCGAGGAUAAUGAAGAUAGUGAUGGUCUUGUCUUUCAGCCUCAGAAGGCUCAACCACCUUCAAAUUCCCAUGCUUCCGACUUGUUUCCAGCAUCAGGAGGUUCCCAAAGACUAUUAAACAACCACGCAUUUUCUCAUGCAUCUUCUGUCUCAGGUUUUCAGCCUUUUGUUCGUAGUAAACUUGGUUCUAAUCCUGAAAUUGGAGAAGAACAAAAGAAAAUAUCAGAUCAAGAUUCAAAGACUACGCCAUCAUCUAAAUUAAGUAAUGUUGAGACUGCAGCCCCCGCCUUGGUUUCUGGUCCUAGAGACACUCAAUCGGUGGAAAGGGAAGAAGGAGAAUGGUCAGAUGCGGAGGGUUCUGGUGAUAUAAACGGGGGCAGUAUUUUGCAUAAACAGUUAAAAACUUCACAAGAAAAGGGCCUACUUUCUCCUUCCCGUGAUUUUUCUGAGAAUAAUUUAUGCAACCUCAAAAUUUCUGAUAGUACACUAGACAAAAGUAAUAACCAUGUUCCUUCAACAUCAGAUCAGGAGCCAAAUGAUAGGAAAAGUAACAGUAUCCUAAAUACAGAAGGCAAUGCAAAACUCGAUACAUCUACUGAUACUGUGCAGGAAGAAACUGGGUUGCUUCCAAAACAAAGAGAAGUAAAGGGUAUCGAAGCAAGUCAUGCUCUAAAAUGUGCUAAUAAUCCGGGAAAGAGGAAGAUAGAUCAACAUUUAGAAGCCAAGCUUGGGAAGAAGCGUAAUAGGCAGACAAUGUUUCUUAAUUUAGAAGAUGUGAAGCUGGCUGGGCCUAUGAAAACUUCAACGCCUCGAAGGCAAACAUUUCCACCUCCUAUAACCACUCGCAUUGUAAAGGAAGUUCAUAAUAAUACAACCCAAGCUAAUGAACGUAUUGGGGAAAAACAGACUAAUAAAGACCAGAAACAAGGUGAUGUUUCAAGUCAUGAAGGAAGUAUUUCCUUGGAAUCUGGUGAAUCUAAAUUGGACAGUAAUGGUGAUAUGAGUUCAGGAUUACUAGCUCGGCCAAACAGGCCAAACAAUGAUGGAGAUAUCCCAGCAGAGGCAUCCUUACCACCAAUUCCUAGACAAGGUUCAUGGAAGAUACCGACAGAUUCAAGGUUGCAGAGAAACAUGCAGGCUUCCAAUCGGAAACCAGUUAUAUCUAAUCAAAGUUCUGACCACAAGCAGAUAAAUAAGAAGCAUCUUCCUUCCAAGAAGCAGAAUUCUGUUAGUACUUAUCAAGACUCAUCAGUUGAACGACUUAUACGGGAGGUGACGAAUGAAAAGUUUUGGCAUCACCCAGAGGAAACUGAACUCCAAUGUGUUCCUGGUCGGUUUGAGUCUGUGGAAGAAUACAUCAAAGUGUUUGAACCUUUGUUAUUUGAGGAAUGCCGGGCUCAACUUUACAGUACAUGGGAAGAACUAUCUGAAACAUUCUCGAGAGAUACACAUGCGAUGGUUCGUGUCAAGAAUAUUGAUAGGAGGGAAAGAGGAUGGUAUGAUGUAAUAGUUCUUCCUGUGAACGAGUGUAAAUGGUCAUUCAAGGAGGGUGAUGUGGCAGUUCUUUCGAGUCCUAGACCUGGAUCAGUUAGAUCAAAGAGGAACAACGGUAUGUCUGUUGACGAUGAUGAAGACCAGGAAUCCGGUGGACGUGUGGCUGGAACUGUUCGAAGACACAUUCCCCUUGACACCCGUGAUCCUCCAGGGGCUAUUCUUCAUUUUUAUGUUGGGGACUCAUAUGAUCCUAAUAGGAUUGAAGAAGAUCAUAUACUCAGAAAACUUCAGACGAAGAAUGUUUGGUUUCUAACAGUGCUCGGUUCUCUUGCAACAACCCAGCGAGAGUAUGUUGCCCUGCAUGCAUUUCGUCGGCUCAAUAUGCAGAUGCAAUCUUCAAUCCUUCAGCCUAGCCCUGAGCAAUUUCCAAAGUAUGAGCAACAAUCGCCUGCUAUGCCCGAGUGUUUCACGCAAAAUUUUGUUGAUUAUCUGCAUAGGACCUUCAACGGUCCCCAGCUAUCUGCAAUCCAAUGGGCAGCAACGCAUACAGCUGCUGGUACGAGCAGUGGAACAGUCAAGAGGCAAGAGCCAUGGCCUUUUACACUCGUACAAGGUCCUCCUGGAACAGGUAAGACACAUACAGUUUGGGGAAUGCUGAAUGUUAUACAUCUGGUUCAAUAUCAGCACUACUAUACUUCGUUGCUCAAGAAACUAGCACCAGAAAGCUAUAAACAAGCUCAUGAGAGCAGCUCGGAUCAUGUCAAUACUGGAUCCAUUGAUGAGGUACUCCAAAGCAUGGACCAAAAUCUUUUACGCACUCUUCCCACAUUGUGCCCUAAACCUAGAAUGCUAGUCUGUGCUCCUUCGAAUGCUGCAACAGAUGAACUUCUUGCUCGUGUUCUUGAUCGGGGGUUUAUUGAUGGAGAAAUGAAGGUGUAUCGACCCGAUGUUGCUCGAGUUGGUGUUGAUUCACAAACUCGUGCUGCCCAAGCAGUUUCUGUUGAGCGUAGAACAGAACAACUUUUGGUCAAAAGUCGAGACGAAGUUUUAAGAUGGAUGCACCAGCUAAAAGUUCGUGAAACUCAAUUAGCUCAGCAAAUGAAUAGUCUACAGAGAGAACUUAAUGUUGCUGCUGCUGCCGUUCGCUCUCAAGGUUCUGUUGGUGUUGACCCCGAUGUUCUGGUGGCUCGUGACCAAAACAGAGAUGCGUUGUUGCAGAACCUUGCUGCUGUGAUAGAAGGUAGGGAUAAAAUUCUAGUUGAGAUGUCACGCCUCCUUAUUUUAGAAAGUAGAUAUCGUCCUAACAGCAAUUUCAAUAUGGAGGAUGCACGAGCUAGUCUUGAGGCUAGUUUUGCCAAUGAGGCUGAGAUAGUUUUCACUACAGUAUCAAGCAGUGGUCGCAAAUUGUUUUCUCGACUUUCUCAUGGUUUUGACAUGGUAGUCAUUGAUGAGGCAGCCCAAGCAAGUGAAGUAGCUGUUCUUCCCCCACUUUCACUUGGUGCAGCAAGGUGUGUGCUCGUUGGAGAUCCCCAGCAGCUCCCAGCCACGGUUAUCAGUAAAGCAGCAGGAACAUUGUUGUACAGUAGAAGUCUAUUCGAAAGAUUCCAGCAAGCGGGAUGUCCCACUAUGUUGUUAUCGGUGCAGUACAGAAUGCAUCCUCAGAUACGUGAUUUCCCUUCAAGGUACUUCUACCAAGGACGCCUUACUGACAGUGAAAGUGUUGCUAACUUACCUGAUGAGACAUACUACAAGGACCCUUUGCUUAGACCUUACACUUUCUUUGAUAUUACACAUGGGCGGGAAUCUCAUAGAGGGGGAUCCGUUUCAUAUCAAAAUAUUCAUGAAGCACAAUUUUGUCUUCGUAUGUAUGAACAUCUACAAAAAACAGUGAAGUCAUUAGGCAUAGGUAAAGUUUCAGUUGGUAUUAUAACACCAUACAAGCUCCAAUUGAAGUGUCUCCAACGUGAGUUUGAGGAGGUUCUGAACUCUGAAGAAGGGAAGGAUCUAUAUAUUAAUACUGUUGAUGCUUUCCAAGGGCAAGAAAGGGAUGUGAUUAUCAUGUCUUGUGUGCGUGCCUCCAACCAUGGCGUUGGCUUUGUUGCAGAUAUUCGUCGAAUGAAUGUAGCAUUGACCCGUGCAAGGAGGGCUCUUUGGGUAAUGGGUAAUGCUAAUGCUCUGAUUCAGUCUGAUGAUUGGGCUGCGUUGAUCACUGAUGCUAAGGCAAGGAACUGUUACAUGGAUAUGGAAUCUAUCCCCAAGGACUUCCUCGGACAGAAAGGGUCUACUCAAUCCACUUUGCCUGGGAAGAACUCUUCCAACAUUAGGGGUUUGAGAUCAGCUCUUCCAAGACAUAGGACUCUGGAUAUACAUGUGGAGUCGAGGUCUGGAACACCAUCAGAAGAUGAUGAGAAAUCUAAUUCUGUGGUAAUCACUAGGAAUGGAAAUUACCGGCCUUCUAAGGCUGCUGUAGAGAAUUCCUCAGAAGACUUCGAUCAGUCAGGCGAAAAAUUGAGAGAUACUUGGCAAUAUGGUAUGCAGAAAAGGCAAGGUUCUGCUGGGACUGUUGGGAAAAGAGAUAUUUAAUCGAGGUUUUUGAAUUGGUUUGAAUGGUUCAGAGAGGAGGAAACCUCUCGAUAAUUUUAUGUGUGCAUCCUCAUGAUGCUCAAGCCUACCCUUCAUGCUGAUCCCAAGCAGUGUCCGAGUGCGUUAUUGUUGUGGCGAACUUAACCCUAAUCAAUUGAAGAUAAUAGCAAAACCAUACAGUAAGGACUUAGGUUGCACAGCAUCUGCAGACAUCUGUUGUGGGAUGAGGGGGAUCCAUUUUUUUUGGUUCAAUGGAUCCUUUUGGGUUACUAGCGUGGCAAGAAAGGUGAGCUUGUUGUUUGAGACUUAUCGUGAAGUUCGGCCAUUCGAUUCCUUUGCCUCACAGUAUAACAUAUGCAUGUUUAGGGAUCAAAUCAUGGUGCCCGAAUGUUCCAUCACGAGUUACAGGCUCUAAUGGAAUUGAAUUGGGUGCUUCUGGUCAGUGGAAUUACUGUCCUAAAUUGCCUUGACUUGCUUGACGGUGAAACCUAAAAGCACUCGUGGGAGAAGGAGAUCAACUCCCGGGGAGCUGGCCGAGGUAGGUAAAAAUUCACUGGUAAAAGAUGCUCAAAACAUUAUUUUGGACAAUAAAUGCAUAAAAGAUACCAGUUGAAGUUCUCACAGGCAAUUAAGAAGGUGAGGGGUUGGAAUAUUGUGUUUUCUCGACCUUUUUUGAGGAAACAUUGAUCUUCAGCCCUUGCUUAGUUUGAAUAUAUGGUUAAAGGGAGCUAAAAUUAUAUUAUGGGCAGCAAACAGCUGGGAAUAGAAACCAAUUUGUACAGAAACUAAUGGGGGAGCAGGGGUUGUGUCUGAAGGCAUCAAAAUUUUGAAUGGGCGUUAAUACCAACUUGACUUGUGCAUAUACCCCCCCUCAUUUGAAAUUAUAGUAAUUCUUUUGUUGAAGUUUCUCUCUUUUUCUACCCUCAAUUUAAACUGCUUACCACGUUUAAUAUUUAUUUACAUAUGAAUUGAAAUUUUGCUUGUGGCGUCCA